UCGCGGAGGCACGGUAGGAGGGACGCUCUCGCUAUUGGACCAUGCAUGUAUGCCAAGGAGCCUUCAUUGAGCUGCCAUUAAAACUGCCUUCGCUCUGAGUCACGGCUAGGAGCAAUAAGGUUUACAUCUGUCAUCUUUAAUUGAGGCAGUCUGACAGCGGCGCAAUGGCCAAAGGGCAAGGGAUCAACCAAGAACUGUCCAGCCUCCUGAACGAGCUGUGGGCUUUGGAUGAGAACCGCCUGAAGCCCGGGAAAGACUACACCAUCUCCCUGCAGGGGAAGGCAGGCUAUGUUGCUCCAGGCAGUAACUCCGCCAGAGACAGGGCCAGUGCGCCACUCUUCUCUCACGUGAACGAGGAGCGGCUGAGGACCAUCAAGACGUACGCGUAUUUCAUGAAGCUGCUGGAUAACUAUGAGAUGUCAACUGGAGUUUCCGAAACUGUCACCACUGAAGAGGUGGAAGAAAACAACCUCUUUUUAGAUGCAGUCUUAAACACUAAAGUCAUGAAGCGUGCUCACCAGUACCUCGUUACUAAAAAACAGGCCAGCCCCAAUGUGGAGCAGUUUAAGAAGCAGCUGUAUGACAUCUGGUUUCGGCUGUACCACAGGGACAGAAGUGGCGGGGAGGAUUCUUGUGGGUUUGAGCACGUGUUUGUGGGGGAGACGAAGUAUGGCAAGGAAAUCAUGGGUUUGCACAACUGGGUCCAGUUCUACCUGCAAGAGAAGCUCAACAACGUGGAUUAUAAAGGCUAUAAGGCCAGAGACAACAAAGACACGCCGGAUGAAGAUGAUCACGUUUUAAAUCUGCAGUUCAGCUGGAAGGGCCUUGUGAAGCCGGUGGGCAGCAGUUUCAUCGGCGUCAGCCCGGAGUUCGAGCUCGCUCUUUUCACCUUGGUCUUCCUCAUGUCCCAGGAGAAAGUUACGAGCACCAUCGUGAAAGUCGACGAGUACCUGCUGGAGAUCGUGGUGUAUCGUCAUGGGAGGUCCAUUGGAACCUCCUACCCAAAGAUGCUGAGCAGCAACAACAGGCCCCUCUAGUGGCCCAGCUGUGCAUUGCACAGGCUGAGCUAUUGCCCUGUCAGAUUCGUCCUGCAGUUUUUCCAAGUAUUGCAUUAUUGCAUUUGUAUUCUAGUUAUUUUCGGUCAUUGGAAACAGUAGUGAUAAAUAGUUUGAGUUCAGAGCUCCUAUGAUUUCUCUCAACAAAUGCCUUCAAAUGUCAAUAUAUGUAAUUUUCUUAUUCUCAACAUAUUAUUCCUCUCUGUAUUGUAACUGGCAAAGAGUCCAUCUGAAUUGAGAAUUGUUUUCCAAAGCAGGUCUAUCUCCACCACUGUGCAAGAUGAAUGUGUAUGUUGUGAGCAGUUCUUGUGUCUCGGAUUGAGGGGAAAUGCAAAAUUUACACCAGUACGGGUGAGAGGGGAACCACUUUGUGAUGUUUUGUGUUGAUUUUUGUAUAUCAGGGACAUGAAGGCCUUGCAGUUUAAAUAAGUGUCCAUUACUGACAAAAAAGUGCCUUUGUUUUCUUUUAAUUGCUGACUGUUACAAGAAGUGCCUUCUAUUUUUAUUUGAUAUACUGUAAACAAAUAAAUCUUUUGGAGUAAAGAUA